CCGUUCUCACUCUGUCUCUCUCCUCUCCUGUGUUCUCUGACUCUCUCGCUCCUCCGCUAGGGUUUUAUAGGGUUUUCUGUUUCUCCCAAAUCCAAAAAUUCCGAAACGCCAUGGAAAAGUUUCAGAGAGUCGAGAAGCCGAGGCCCGAACUGCCCAUCAACGAGAACGAGAUCCGCAUCACCACCCAAGGCGCUAUCAGAAACUACAUCAGCUAUGCCACCACUCUGCUGCAGGAUAAGCACGGAAAAGAAAUCGUCUUGAAGGCAAUGGGACAGGCAAUUAACAAGACAGUUGCAAUUGCUGAAAUUAUAAAGAAUAGAAUUCCCUUGUUACAUCAAGAGACUGCCAUCAGCUCUGUAAGCAUAACUGAUGUGUUUGAACCGAUGGAAGAAGGUCUUCUCCCUGUGGAAACGACUCGUCAUGUCUCAAUGAUUUCAAUCACAUUAUCAACUAAGGAGCUAAACACAAAUUCUCCUGGGUAUCAAGCCCCAUAUGUUGCGGAUCAAUCAAAGCCACAGCCAAAGUACCAACAGCAGCAGCAACCAAAACAAGCACGUGUUUCUUACAAUGCUGUUAAUGAAGGUGAUGAUUCAUAUGGCCGAGGACGGGGACGUGGUAGAGGAAGAGGCCGGAAUUGGGGCAGGGGUGGAGGGUAUGGCAAUUAUCAAGGCGGAUAUGGAAAUCAUCAAGGUGGAUCUGGGAACUAUCAAGGUGGUUAUAGAAACUAUCAAGAUAAUGGUGGAUAUUCCAGUCGGGGACAAGGUGGUGGACGUGGUAGGGGUUGGGGUAACCGUGGUUCUGGUGGUGGGUAUGAAAGAGGUGCUGGUAGCUAUGAAAGAGGUUCUGGUGGUGGAUAUGAAAGAGGUGCUGGUGGUGGAUAUGAAAGAGGUUCUGGCGGCGGGUAUGAAAGAGGUUCUGGCGGUGGGUAUGAAAGAGGUUCUGGCGGCGGGUAUGAAAGAGGUUCUGGCGGUGGGUAUGAAAGAGGUUCUGGCGGUGGGUAUGAAAGAGGCGGUGCUGGUGGAGGGUAUGAAAGAGGCGGUGCUGGUGGAGGAGGGUAUGAAAGAGGUUCUGGUGGUGGGCAUGAAAGAGGCGGUGCUGGUGGAGGGUAUGAAAGAGGCGGUGCUGGUGGAGGAGGGUAUGAAAGAGGCGGUGCUGGUGGAGGGUAUGAAAGAGGCGGUGCUGGUGGAGGGUAUGAAAGAGGCAGUGCUGGUCGUGGGUAUGAAAGAGGCGGUGCUGGCCGUGGGUAUGAAAGAGGCAGUGCUGGUCGUGGGUAUGAAAGAGGCGGUGCUGGCCGUGGGUAUGAAAGAGGCGAUGCUGGCAGACGUUAUGAAAGAGGCGGUGCUGGUGGAUAUGAGAGAGGCGGUGCUGGUGGAUAUGAACGAGGUGGCAGAGGUGGAGGGGGAAGAGGGUACAACCGAGCAAGAGGACGGACGGGUGGGCGCACAAGAGGUGAUGGAACUGGAAACCAAGCAUAAUCUAAAGUUGGUGAUAUUUUUUGCUUCAGCUACAAUGCAUAUGCCCUUUGGCCCGUGAGGGUGCGUUUUUAUGAGAGUACUGUUUCAAUGGCGUGAAAUGUGGCCUUUCGAUAUUUGGCGUUGUUUAAACAGUUUCUAUUUUGAUGUUUUCCUCCUGCAUUGCAUUAUAUUUUUUGUGGAUAUGGGCAGCCUUGUUUUGGGUCUUGCAUUUAGCCGCCGGGUGAAAAAAUUGGUCGGUUUUAGUAUUGCUGUAAUUCUUUUGACAUUAUUGUAUCUAGUGCUUCCUUAAAAUAUAUCUUUAUUUCUUUAAAACUAA